CAGGUUUACUAUUGACUUGCAUGACAUGAAAUUUGUUGUUUUCCAGCAGCAGUAUAAUGCAAAGCCAGAAAAUUAAAAUAAAUUACAAAAUAGAUAAAUAGUGCAAAAAUAAAUAAUGAGUUAGUAUUCAUAGGUUCAUGAACCAUACAGAAAUCUUAUGGCAGAGGGGAAGAAGCUGUUUCUGAAUCAUUGAGUAAGGGUCUUCAGGCUUCAGUACCUCCACCCCAAUGGUUGUAACUUGCUGAGAAUCCUUAAUCAUGGAUGCUGCCUUCAAGGCACUGCCUCUUGAAGGUAUUCUCAGUGGUACAGAGGGUUGUGCCCAUGAUGGAGCUGGCUAAGUCUACAACCCUCUGCAGCCUUUUGCAAUCUCGUGCAUUGGAGCUUCUGUACCAGGCUAUGAUGGAACCAGCAAGAAUGCGCUGCACCAUCUAUCAAAUGAAAUUUGGUGACGUAACUCCUCCUGCAGUAGAGCCACUGGCAUGGUUUCUUUGUGAUUACAUCAAUGUGUUGGCCCCAGGACAGAUCCUCUGAGGUGUUAACACUCUGGAACUUAAAGCUGCUCACCCUUUUCACCCCUGACCCCUCCAGGUGGUCUGGCGUGUGUUCUACCAACUUCCGCUUCCUGAUCCACAAUCAACUCCUUAGUCUUGCCGCACUGAGUGAAGUUGUUCUUUCCAAAAGAACCAAGUAACCUGCCUGGCACAUGGCUGGAACAUUCACCCUAAUGAAGUUUGUCUCUUUGUGAUUGUCUUUAAACUUACUCCCCUACUUUUCCAUUUAUACCUCUGCCUUUCUUCAGAAAUGUAACCAGAGCUUCUAGUUGCCCUUUAUAGCACCUGCACCAUAACUGUUGUCUGUUUCAAAUCAUGUCCCAGAAAUUAUUGGCGGGAAGGAGAGGAUAUUAAGGCAUUUCAUUAUGAAAGGUAAAAGAUCUUGGGCUGGAUUUUGACGAUAAAUACACUUUUCUAAAUGUAUUUUAUGAUCAUAAGACACAGGAGCUGAAUUAAGCCUUUUGGUCCAUCAAUUCUUCUCCUCCAUUCCAUCAUGGCUGAUUUAUCUUCCCUCUCAACCCCAUUCUCCUGCCUUCUCAUAACCUUUGACACCCUUACUAAUCAAGAACCUAUCAACCUCCACUUUAAGUAUACCCAAUGACGUGGCCUCCAAGUCGGUCUGGAGCAGAUUCGCCAUGCUCUGGCUAAAGAAAUUCCUCCUCAUCUCUUUUCUAAGGGGACAUCCUUGUAUUCUGAGGCUGUGCUCUCUUGUCCUACACUUCCCCUACUAUAGGAAACAUUCUUUCCUUGCUACCCUAUCCUGGCCUUUCAAUAUUUAGUAGGUUUCAAUGAGAUCUUCCCCUCAUUCUUCUAAACUCUAGCAAGUAUAAGCCCAAAGCCACCAAGCUCUCUUCAUACAUUAACCUUUACCUUUCCAGGAUCGUGCUCAUGAACCUGCUCCGGAUCCCAUCUGUGGAUAUUCUAAAUUUGGCCGCAGAUGUGCCAUAUCGGACAAUAUUCUCUGAAGAUCAAUGUGCCUGCAGUUCACUAGAAUUUCAGCUGGUUAAUCUGGGUGCAGAAGCCAAGACACUAAUGAUAUUAAUGGGGUUUAUUGGGCUACAGGGACGGAAGUUAAGGGGGAUUAUACCCUUUUCAAGUAUUUAUUUAUGCAUUGCUUUGUAUAUUUAAUUAUUUUAAAUGUUUGUUGAUUUACUAAAUUACUUUUAUUUUAAUUUGAAGGAUUUCACUGUUUCUACCUUGACAGCUGGCAAAGCACAAGGCAUGGUUUUGCUGGCUGAUAAAGCUUUCAUGGGCAGUUUGGAGGUUAAUACAAGCUGAGCUGUUACUCAGGUGUCAUCACAGGAGUUUGGGAUGUUUCAGGCUUCUGCACUCAAAGCAGAUCUACCUGAAGAUGCCAUUGAACGUGGGAAGAAUGCAAAGUUUAACACAGUGGUUGUCCAGAAUGGGGAUGAAUUUACAUGGUCACAGAUUUAUCCAUGCCAUACUACAACCAAUCAAUUUACUGUGGGGAAAGAAUCUGAAAUUGAGAUGCUGAACUGUGAAAAAGCCAAGAUUACCGCAAAAAUCGAAGGAGGAAAACUCGUCAUGAAAUUUCCUAAUUAUAUGCAUACCAUUGAGAUUGAAGGAGACAAGUUGAUUGAAACAUCAGUGUCCGGCAAUAUCACUUUAAAAAGACUCUACAUGAAAACAGCUUAAGAAGAUGAAGACAGAAUCUGGUAGAAGAUAGAACAAUUCUGCAGGAAAAAAACUAAUUCAGGAUAUUACAUUUAUUUCCAUGUAAAGUGCAUGGUUAUAUCACAGAUUAAAAUAAAAGUUGUUCCUUAAAAAAA